AAUUACUAAAAUGUCUAUUAAAAUCCACCCAAAAAUUGUUGUAGACACUGGAAAUGAGAGAAAUGAAAAAAAUACAAAAAUACAAAACGACAAAAGCAACGAAAAUAGUAAUUAUUGUAGUAAUAACGCUUCAAAUUCUGCUUCAUUAUACUUUUCGACACAGCAUAAACAAUUUAGGAGAUCAAUGGCACAAGAUGCCGAAGACGGUCCAGAUUUCCUCGAUGUAGAACAAAAUGGGUGGGAUUUAAAUUCACCCCCUUACAACAACAAUACAAGUCGACCUCCAAUGAAUCAAGACGAAUUCGAUAAACGUUUCUGUUACCGGACUCCUCGAAGCUCAAAUAUUUUAAAAGAGCGGGCUUCAGCUUUGUUGCGAUAUUAUUAUAGACCUUGUUUGUCUACUAGAAGCUUAACAAUUUUCUUUUUAAACUUCUUCCCAAUUUUACAAUGGUUACCAAACUAUGAAUGGAAAAAUUGGUUUGCUUCGGAUAUUAUUGGGGGAAUUGUAACGGGUGUUAUGCACGUACCUCAGGGAAUAGCCUAUGCCCAAUUAGCUGGGGUUGAUGCUGUUGUUGGUUUAUACACUUCAUUCUUCCCUCCUUUAAUCUACAUGUUUUUUGGUACUUCUAGGCACAAUUCUAUCGGUAAAAUAAAUACUGUAAAUGCUCUAAAGAAAGCACAUGUGCUUCUAUUUUUCAAUCCUCUCGUAGGAUGUGCUUCUAUUAGAGACUGCUCUUCAAUUAGAGCUUUUACGGUAAACUUGAAACAAAUAUUUAAAUAA